AUUGCGUUUGCGUACUAAGUUUACGGAAGAGCAACUGGUGGAAGUGGACGCAUUUUAAUGGAUGAGAGAACGAUAAAUCGUCGAUAUACGUAGAUAGUACGCUUGAAUUUAACCUUUAAUAGAUAGGAAAAGGUCGCAAAAUGCCUUUAUUUGGUCAAAACCCGUUCGAUCAGGAUGUGGAGAAAGCAACUAGUGAAACUAGCACAUCAGAGGACUGGGGCCUCAUUAUGGAUAUCUGUGACCGGAUCGGGACGACUCCCAAUGGUGCAAAGGAUUGUCUCAGGUCAAUCAUGAAGCGUGUGAACAACAAGGUCCCUCAUGUAGGCAUGCAAGCAUUAACGUUGCUGGGUGCCUGCGUUUCAAACAGUGGAAAAAUCUUUCACCUAGAAAUCUGUUCACGGGAGUUUGCCAGUGAAGUUCGUGGUGUGUUGAGCAAGGUUCACCCAAAGGUUGCUGAGAAACUCAAGGCCCUGAUGGUGGAGUGGGCCGAAGAUUUCCAGAAAGACCCACAACUGAGUCUCAUCAGUGCCACCAUCAAGUCCCUCAAAGAAGACGGAGUGUCCUUUCCCACUGCAAACACCCAGAGCUCCAGCACAAAGCCCAACAGCACUCCUGCCACCGGCAGGGUAGCUGAUGAUGAUGAUCUGGCCAAAGCCAUUGAGCUGUCCCUACAGGAACAGAAACAGCAGGCAGAGACACGACCCCUUACCAUGAUCGCUGAUCCACCCUACAACACCAACGGAGGGAAAGAGUCCCGUAAAGUGCGUGCCCUCUAUGAUUUUGAAGCAGCUGAAGACAAUGAGCUCACUUUUAAGGCUGGAGAGCUUGUGAUCAUCCUUGAUGACAGUGAUCCAAACUGGUGGAAAGGAGAGAAUCAUCGAGGAGUUGGCCUCUUCCCAUCAAACUUUGUCACCACCAACCUGAAUGCCGAACCAGACCCUGUGAUGUAUGUAGAGAAGACAGUUACCCCAGAGGAGCCCAUUGUUGAAGUCAAAGCUGAGCCUGAGCCUGUGUAUAUAGAUGAGGAGAAAAUGGACAAAACUCUCUAUCUGCUCCAGAACACAGACCCUGCAGAUGCCUCACCUGACGGCCCAGAGCUGAUCACAUUAGAAGAUUCUUGUGAAAAGAUGAACCCGAUGAUUGAUGAGAAACUACAAGAAAUCGACAGGAAGCACUCAGAGUUGUCCGAGCUGAAUGUGAAAGUGCUGGAGGCUCUGGAACUGUAUAACCAGCUAAUGAAUGAGGCUCCUCUUUACAAUGCAUACUCCAAAAUGCAGAGUCUCCAAGGCACUUACCCAGGAGCCCCUACUCCUCUCACUAUGCAGGGUUAUCAGCCAUCUGGAGCCUACAUGUCCUCUGGUGUUCCACAGGGAUACAGUUUUACUGACCAAGCUGGACCUCUAUGCUCCCUUCCUCCUUCAGUCAAUUCAGUGCCCACCAGCCAGCCAGCACAACCUCCUUACAUCAGCGGCCCCAUGAAUGCAGCAUAUGUAAACCAGGCUCCUGGAGCCCCCGCCCCUUACCCACCACAGAUGAGCAUGGCUAUGGACAUGUCUGCCUAUCAGAGCGCUAAUCCUGGUCUGCCUCCAACCUCCUAUCCAAUGUCAGCUCCGGCCCAUCCUGCACCUCAACAGCAACAAGCAGCCUUCUACAAGCAACCCCUCCUGUAAGGCUAACUCCACAGCCAUUAAUAUUCAAUGCAAAUUCCAAAUGGUUAAAUGAGGUCGAGAGUAUUUUUCUCUCACGUUUCUAUCGAUGUCAGGGGAUAUGCUAAGAUUUGUCUUCACAGGACAAAGAUGUAAUCCACUUGAAAGGAAGCAAGCACUUCAUUUUCUCUCCCACUUACUAACCCAUGAAGCAGUUUAGGGCAGGUGUUCAGAGUUGAUGGAAUGAGUCACACUAACCAUAAACAUAAUUUUUGUCAUCUUGUGCUAAUCACCAGCAUUUUCUUCUUUUUGCUGAUUGAGAACUUAAGAUAAAAUGGUAAAAUGCACACACAUGCAUACUUUUCCUCAUUUGAAGAGACAAUUCUUAUGAUUAAUUGUUGCCAUUUUCAUUUAUUUCUGGGUUAACUGAUCCUAGACUUUAAUUUCUUGCCUUUCACAGCAAAUGUGGGUUUUUUUAUGCAUUGUAAGAGGAUGAUUGUAUGAAGAAGAUUAUACAUGGAUCACCAAAUCUGGAAUGAAUUUAUGUGCCAAUGCUCAGAGCACUUCUAUAAACUCCUACAAUCAAAAUGGCAGUUUUAGGUUCAUUCUGCUGUUACCGUGAUUCCAAAAUUAUGGGACAGAUUUAGUAGGGGCACAGUUUACUAUAGGCUACAUGUAAUAUUCAUAAAUUCCUUUGCAAACUGCGCUUUAGAACUGACAGUGGUCACAAAUGCAAUCCCUUUAUGGUCAAUCCAUAUGUUUCACUGUAUAAUGAUAUUUAUAAUAUGCAAGUACUGCUUGUGUUUGCAUUGUGGGUGUUUGCUGUUGUUCGACUUAAUUUAAGGCAUGUAAAAUUGCAUACAGUGUAAUUUUCAUCUGGUCUGACUCCUCAGCUGGAAAUGAUGAAUUAAUUGUUGUUUUUUUGCUUCUUAUGUAUGUGAAGAAAUGUGCUUUUCUGAUAUACCCACCCAUUUCUUCUUAACUGAAAUGGGGAAAUGUAUAAUUCCUUUAACAUAUAGACAGCUUUCAUUCUCGUUAAAAUGGGAUUAAUGUAGUUAAAUAUAGAUAAAAAUUGUCUUUUAUUUUUUUCAUAAACUGCUCGAAAAAAUAUUGUACAUUAGAUGUUAAAUAUCUGGCUUUGUCUGUAUUGCACCUUAACUUUAUAAACAUUUAUUUACCACCAGAUGCCUUGUUCUUUCACGAGACGGAAUAAACAUAGAAACCAAUUCAAAAGACUUUAUUUCAAAAGCUGCUGUAUAUUUGUAAACCUGUAUGUUUAAGAGACUUAGAGGGAAAUCUGUAUUGUACUCAUGGACUCAAUGUUUUGUAACAUCAAGAUUUCUUUGUAUCCUGCCUGCUCAUUUUUCAAAUUCCUUUUGUAACACAGUGAACUCUUAUAGUCUUCAGAAAAUAAAAUCUACCCGUGUUUCAAAA